AUGCAAAGUUGUGAAAUAUCUGCAGACAGCACGGAUGAUCCUCUCAGUAGUGGCCUGCGGAGCAAGCGGCAGCCUCGAAUAGUGAUUAUCGGUGCAGGGCUCGCGGGCCUGUCGGCAGCCAAGGCGCUCCUGGAGAGCGGCUUCACGGAUGUAACCGUCCUCGAGGCCACUGACCGCAUCGGGGGCCGCGUGCAGAGUGUGAAGCUUGGGCACGCCACUUUUGAACUGGGAGCUACGUGGAUUCAUGGUUCACAUGGAAACCCAGUCUAUCAUCUAGCAGAAGACAAUGGUUUGCUUGAAGAGACUACUGAUGGGGAGAGAAGCGUUGGCCGGAUCAGUCUUUACUCCAAGAACGGGGUGGCUUACCACCUCACCAACAAGGGGCAGAGGAUCCCGAAAGAUGUGGUUGAAGAAUUCAGUGAUUUAUACAACGAGGUCUAUAACCUGACUCAGGAGUUCUUCCAACGAGGUAAACCAGUCAAUGCUGAGAGCCAGAACAGUGUGGGCGUCUUCACACGGGACGUAGUGCGCAAGCGCGUCAAGGCCGACCCGGACGACACGGAGGCUGUCAAGAGGCUGAAGCUAGCCAUGAUCCAGCAGUACCUGAAGGUAGAGAGUUGUGAGAGCAGCUCCCACAGCAUGGAUGAAGUCUCGCUCAGUGAGUUUGGGGAGUGGACCGAAAUCCCCGGGGCUCAUCACAUCAUUCCCUGUGGCUUCAUAAAGAUCGUGGAGAUUCUGGCCCGCUCCAUUCCCGAGUCCGUCAUUCAGCUCCGCAAGCCGGUCAAGUGCAUCCACUGGAACCAGUCGGUCAGCAAGGAGAUUGAGAGGGUGGCUGACCACAACAGUGACCUCCCCGAGGAGGACAAGGGCUCGGAUGUCUUCGUAGAGUGCGAAGACUGUGAGUUCAUCCCAGCUGACCACGUCAUUGUGACUGUGUCCCUGGGAGUGCUGAAGAAGCGCCACGAGAGCCUCUUUCAUCCCCGCCUGCCCGAGGAGAAGGUGAUGGCCAUUGAGAAACUUGGAAUCAACACCACCGACAAGAUCUUCCUGGAGUUCGAGGAGCCUUUCUGGAGCUCGGAAUGCAACAGCAUCCAGUUUGUCUGGGAAGACGAGGCAGAAAGCGAGAGCUUGACUUACCCUGAGGAGCUGUGGUACAAGAAGAUCUGCAGCUUCGACGUGCUCUACCCGCCGGAGAGGUACGGCUAUGUGCUGAGCGGCUGGAUCUGCGGAGAAGAGGCUUUGAUUAUGGAGAAGUGUGAUGAUGAGACUGUGGCAGAAACCUGCACCGAAAUGCUACGGCAAUUUACAGGGAACCCAAACAUUCCGAAACCUCGCCGGAUCCUGCGCUCCUCCUGGGGCAGCAAUCCCAACUUCCGCGGCUCCUACUCCUACACCCAGGUUGGCUCCAGCGGGGCUGACGUGGAGAAACUGGCGAAGCCGCUGCCUUACGCUGACAGCUCCAAGACUGCUCCCAUGCAGGUGCUGUUCUCUGGGGAGGCCACUCACAGGAAGUAUUACUCCACCACCCAUGGUGCUGUGCUCUCUGGGCAGAGAGAAGCUGCUCACCUCAUCGAGAUGUACCAGGACCUCCUGCAGGGCUGCAACUGAAGGACCCAGAGAUUGCCAACACCACCAACCCCCCACACCUUGGACAGGUGUAUGGAGGAG